ACAUACCCAGAGCAUCAGUAAUUUUUGGCGCGUUUUCUGUUCAACUUCUUGUGUUUACGUAGUGAAGUUUUUAACAUUAAAAAAAUGUCUCAAGGAAAGAAAAAGGAAAAAUCUCCAAGUCAAGAAAAGACUCAAUGGAUCUUGAUAGCUCCUGAAACGGCUCUGAACGGCAGUUCAGAUGGUAAGGACGAUGAACCAACGUUUGUGAAGCUGUUACACCCAAGAACAGAGAAAGAAUGCAUGUUCUUAAUGUCAAGAAAUAAAGAUGCCGUGUAUGAAAUUAUGAAGUUUGCAGAGGGGCCCAGAUCAUGGUUCAUUGAGGACUCAGUCCAAAAGGAUGGCAGUCUUCUUGUCACCACUUCAAUUGAUCCAAUAUUUCUCUGUAUACCAUACCUCACGAGGAACAAAACAAAGUUCAGGACAAUAGAUCAAGUUCUAAUGGAUGAUGAUUACCCUGCCGUCAGUAGCUUGUCUAUGUGUGUGUCAUCUGACGUACUUAGUAAUGUAUGUGACUGCAAAGGUAAUGACGAUCUACAGGCUUACAGGCUAAAUGAGGAUAAACUAAUAGCUUGGCUUAAAACAAAGGUGGAAUGUGUGGCAGACAAACUAGAGUCUUCAAAAAUCAACGUGAGCAAAGGUUCCCAAAGUGCCACAUUUGUACGUAGCAAGUUACAGUCCAAUGUAACUAGAGAUGAUUAUCUCAGAUAUUCUUGUGGCAUCGUGUGUCAGUAUCUUGACUCUUCAUGGGCUGACAAGCUACAGGCUGCAUUAAAUUUGCCAGAGGAAAAAACAGUUCUGUCGUCGCCAGAAGAACCACCUAGCAAAAGGACCAAGUUAAAUAAUGAUGCAGGGACGGUCUUAGAGGAUUAUUCUAAAGAAUAUGAGAAGAUAAAAACAAAAACUACUUCAAAGACCCCAGGAAAAAUGACGGCAGCACAGAAGAGUUUAUCAAAAGUCAACAAGAAUGGAAUGAAGUCAAUGGCAUCUUUCUUUACUAAGAAAUAAAAUUCAACUCUGUGUCUAUAUCGGUACGGACUUCUACAUGUAAAUAUUGUAAAGAAAGGACAAAGCCACAAAAGGAAUUCUUGCAUGUACAAGAACUAAUGGGUUGCUGUCACUCCUUGUACAUGGCUUGAGACAGUGUCUGUAUGUCAUUGUAGGGUGGUAAUAAGAUUCAUUCAGCUGAUUGAUACCAAGUAAUACUCUCUGAUGAUAGCUCAUGAUAGAGAACAUUCAUUUGUUAUUGUGUAGGCUGGUACUGAGAUAAAGAUUUGUUCAGUUGAUUGAUACCAAGCAAUAGAGGUUUUGCACCAUCACAUGAUGGCAGGCAUGUUAGAUGCCAGGAACAAUACAAUCUCUUUACAGGAGAAAGAAUUCAAUUCCCAAGAGCAAAGGAAUUUUAUUGUUCUGCCAUCUAGCCACAGGCAGUCCAAGCUGUAUUAUGGGCAUGGGCACAUGAUGAUGCAAAACUGCCAGUCUCUUUCCCAUUGGGCUUAGUGUUCUCCCAUUUCAAAUAUCUCAGAGAAUAAGAUUCUUUGCUUGAGUUGCAUCCCAUAUUAAUAUAUCCUCUCAAGUUUUAAAGGUGAAAAAAUAAUACUCAAGGGAAUGAUUGAUAUGUAAAUGAUAUUUUGACUGAAAUGAGAACAUAAAUUCAACCCUACAAAGUAAUUAAUAAGCCUAUUUACAGAGUUAAAACUAUUUUUGAACAGUGUAUCAUAAUUCUUGUUAAAAAACUUUAUUUUUUCUUUUAUAAAAAGUGAACGUCAAAUGUAUUUAUAAUAUAUUCUUUGGUCUAAAUUUCACAUUCAUUUAGUGAAUCACGUCUUUCUAUCUAUAAUUUUGAUAUGAAGAUUCCUAUUGUGUGUAGUCUAAUGAAAUUUAUUCUAAUGUAUGUGUUUGUAAAUAGAUGACAUUUUGAAUACAGUUUGAGUCUUAUAAUCUCAAAUUCCUCUAGUUAUCUGGAUCUUCCUCUUAUCUUGAACAUGAUUCCACAUUCCUUGGACUCAUAUCACUACAAUUUUACCCCUGGAUCUCAUGACUGAUUUACACAGUACGGUUCUUCCACGUAUGAUAUAUGCUGACGAUACAAAUUGCUUUGUGUAAAUCAACAGUACAACUUGCUUGAAACUGUAAAUGGCAGCUAAUUAUGCAUGACAGUUUCGAGGAAGAAUUGUAUUGUGUAAAUUGGCCUUCAAAAUUCUGCUACAUGUAUGUUUAAUCUUCUCAAGGAGAUUUGAGAUAAUGGAACUCCACUGCAAAUUCUGUUGUAAAUGGUAUCGCUUGUUCUUGUAUCGCUAGUGAAUAUAAGGGCUUACUGUGAUAUUAGUGAAUUAUAGAGUGAAUUUAUUUAACCCUUGGAAUUGAUAUUGUUCUACUAGGCAUUAGUCUAUACCUAUUCUGUUUUCCUAUGAAUAAAUGAAUAACAAGAGGUGAGGGAGAAAGAACUCUGUUGCAUUAUGUAAUCUUAUAUGUACACAUAUGACGUAUGCAUAUAUCCGGUUAUCAAWGUAACCUUWGUUAGUCAUUACUGAGUCUUGAUUAAAGCUCGUGUACUGCUAUA